AAGAACUUUUUUGGCAUUAGGGGAUAACGGUCUUUGUUGCCAAAAAUCCCAUUUCAGUCAGUCAAUGAAAAAUAGUGAGAAUUUCAAAGAUUCGAAUAGAAAAUCCUUUAGAGGGGGAGAUCGCAUAAUAGGACCGGCCUAGAUAGGCGACUCCAUUUCUGUGAGGAACUUUCGAACACAAUAUCGAAACUACUGAUAUUCUAAAACAACACGCACGAAACUUCACAUGUGUCUUCCCCCUGUUUAGUAACAAGAAAGGAAAAGUUGCCAAAAAUUUCUCGGACCAAUCCUGAACACUUGAAACGUACUCACACUCAUUCGUCAGUUACGAUGCGGAGGUAGCUAGCUGUGAAAUGGAAACAGUCCCUUUUCUUCGAAUGUGGUUUUCCACGAAAACUGGCAUGUAUUUCGACAAAUCUAUUUCUUCAGUGAGUAUGUUUGGUCUUUUCAAAUUUCAUUUAAAUUGAAUUCGUUCGGGGAGAUUAAUUUCUGUCUCAUCUUCAUGUGCACAUGAAAUCCUUCCUCCCCCCACACCAAAUGUUGCCUAAUGCGUGUACAAAACGCAUCACCUGCAUCCGACGGGGCCCGGGAAAAUCCUGGAUGUGACGUCACGACCCAGACUUCGCGGAGCGAAGUGCAUUACUACGCAUUACUACUGCGCAGAACGUGUAACAUAGUAAGCUCCGUAGGCCGAUCUCUGUGGUAGGAUGCAUUUAUAAAAUUAAUUUAGUGGUUUUAAGUUUGAGUUCCAAAUCAUGCUGCACAGGAUACAUCCAUGAAAGUCUGAGGAUUACUGUGGGCAUACCCAUUUUUUCAUCGCAUGCAACUGGAAUAAUAGUGCACGCAUUUUUCUGCCAGGCUGCAGUAUCUGCAAAGCAUUGCUUAAGUGUAUGAACUCCUGACAGUGUUAACCUCGCCUCCGGAUGAUUCGCAAAGUCCCGAAUCCGCUAGAUGCUUUUCGGACGUUUUGUGCAAGUUUCUGGUUUGACCGCAUUUUUUAAAGAUCAUAAACUAAAAUCGCUGUAGAACUGUGCAUCAGCGAAAUGCAUUUUUCUUUCGCAUAUAAAUUGAAAUGCACAACAUAGAGCAAUAUUUAUUUAGAAAAUAAUUUUCUUCUUUUAAUGCAACUUUUGAACUUGGUUAUAAAGUUUGCAGAAGAUCUCCGGACUCGACUGUCUUUGCAAAGAUACCGUCUCCUUUUUUUUUCUUUUGCACCAUUCCGCAUUAUGCAUCUAUAUUAGAAAAUGCAUUUAAAUAUUUGCACUUAACUAGAAAAAAUUAUCUUGAAAUUUAAAAUAAUGGAAUAAAUGAGCAACAGUGCAAUUACUUUUAAAAAGUCCGCCAAGUCUGCACAAUUUAUUAUGCACUCUUUCAGUGUAUUGCUUUUAUAAAUUAUGAUGCAAUAACUGAAAAAAGUGGAUUUAUAAUUGAAUUUUGUAAAGUUCCAUCAAAGUGAUCCUAAUCUCGUUCACAGUGCCUUUUCAGACUUAUCACUUCCAGUAUUUGUUUAGUUUGAGAGGAAUUCAGUGGUACGGAAUUUUCGCUUAAGAGAUAUUGCACUGUGCGUCGGUGUUUACAUUUUCGAAUAAAAAGUUUCUAAACGUAAUAAAAAUCGAUGUAUCUUAGAACACUUCGUAUUUCAAGUUAAAAAUGCAGUCUUCUCCGAAUGCUUUUUCUAAUUAAAUUCCAUUAUAUAAUCUGACAGAAUUAAUUUUUUUUCCGAAUUUUUUUUUUCAAUUAAAAUUUUAAAAUCGCAUAUCUGAAAUUACUGUUUGACAGAAUUUAUAUUUAUACAGAAGAAUUCUUGUAAGUUGCGGCGAAAAACUAACUGCUUUCGCUAAAUGAGCUGCGCUCACAGCUGAGAGCUGAAAUUCCGCGAACUCACACCUACACUGUCUGUCACAGAUGUCGCGAUGCAGCUGGAACACGUGAAAGAAGUAUAACUUGGCUUCGGGUGUUUCUGUUUUUCCCCCCUAUCCUCGCUUAAAUUAAUCUUGACUCUUGCGCGCGACGAAGUCUAUCGGUGAAUUAAGUUCGGAACUGUGUAGCAUGGCCGAGGGCCCUUCAACUGCUCGAGAAUUUGUUGAUGUGAGUGAAUUUUCGGAUCAGCCCUCGACCAGCAGUUCAGCUAGCACCAAGGAAAGCCGGGAUUCUUCUAAGAAGGAGCAUACUUCGUGUUGCCACGUGGAGUGUUGUGGAAGAGGCGGUGCCACUCCAGACAACAGUGAUCAUCGGGACGAGCCUAUGGAUGUGGACACCGAGAUGAAGGAAAGAGUGCCAACGCAGGAGAAAAAACUCAGCUCUGGAUCUCUCGGAGGGGGUGAGAGUGCUCGCCCGAAGCACGUGACUGUUCACCCUCCAGGGACGAAGACUGCUAAGCCUACAGUAAAAAAGAAAUCCAUCCAAGCUGAUUUGGAUGUACCACGGGAACUUCUUAAGUGCAAGGAAGAAGGUUCCAACCGUUUAGAUCUCAGCAAAUCGAACAUAACCCAGUUACCAGUCACUGUUCGUGAUCUGACCCAUCUGGAGGAGUUGUAUCUCUAUGGAAACAAGCUGUCGACUUUGCCAACUGAGAUUGGAUGUCUAGUCAACCUAAAGACCUUGGCUUUGAGUGAGAACUCUUUAACUAGUCUGCCAGAUUCCUUGGCCAAUCUGAAACUGCUCAGAGUACUUGAUUUGAGACACAAUAAACUGAAUGAGAUUCCAGAUGUGGUUUAUCAGUUGAAAUCUUUGACAACACUGUAUUUACGAUUUAAUAGAAUUAGAGUAGUUGAAGAAGAGAUAUCUAAUCUCCAAGAGUUGAUCAUGAUGAGCUUAAGGGAGAACAAAAUCCGAGAGCUACCAAGAGGCAUUGGUAAAUUAAAAAUGCUAGUCACUUUUGAUGUCUCCAAUAAUCACUUGAAACAUCUGCCACAAGAAAUUGGAGAAUGCACACUGUUAUCUACUUUAGAUGUACAGCACAAUGAACUAGUCGACAUACCUGAAACUAUAGGUAACCUUCAGCAUUUAUCCAGACUUGGCUUGAAAUAUAAUCAGCUGACUUCAGUUCCAAAAUCGCUGAGCCACUGUGUUCUCAUGGAGGAAUUUAAUGUUGAAAGCAACAACAUUUCCCAAUUGCCAGAAGGCUUGCUCUCCAGUUUGGUUAUGCUGACCAAUUUGACCAUUUCUCGAAAUGCAUUCACAUCAUACCCUGUAGGGGGUCCGUCUCAGUUCACUAAUAUCCAUUCUAUUAAUAUGGAGCACAAUAUGAUCAAUAAAAUUCCAUUUGGAAUAUUUUCAAGAGCAAAGAAUCUUACAAAACUGAACAUGAAAGAAAAUCGACUUACAUCUUUACCCCUAGAUAUUGGAUCAUGGCAAAAUAUGGUGGAAUUAAAUCUCGGAACAAACCAAAUAAGCACUCUCCCAGAAGAAAUCGAGGAUUUGAAGAAACUUGAGGUUCUCAUCUUGAGUAAUAACUGUUUGAAGCGCUUGCCAGCGUCAAUUGGCAAACUGAAAAAUCUUACCGUUUUGGAUCUGGAAGAAAACAGAAUAACUUUUUUGCCAGAGGAAAUAUGUGAACUUACAAAUUUGCAAAAACUAGUGGUGCAGAGUAACCGACUGCAGAGACUACCGCCUAAUAUUGGUCGUUUGAGAAAUUUAACCUACAUGAGUGCUGGAGAAAAUUUUCUAGAUAGCAUUCCUCCUAGUAUUGGAGAUCUGCACAAUUUGGAAUCUUUAUACAUCAAUGACAAUCCCCACUUGCACAAACUACCACCUGAAUUGUCUCUCUGUCAAAAUCUGCAAAUCAUGAGUAUAGAAAACUGCCCACUGUCUGAAAUGCCAUUUGAUGUCAUUAACGGGGGGCCCUCCAUGGUUAUACAUUGGCUGAAGAUGGAAUCAAGUUUGAAUUACGGCAGACCCUACAACAUGUGAAGUCGCAGAAAGAGAAUCGUUUGAGAUGAAAGCUGUGUUGUAUUAAAAUCAGGGUCUUUUGGGGCUCUGUGCUGGCUUGUGGUGCAAAAUAAAAUUUGUGCGCUCCUAUCUCUCGAAGGAGCAGAUAUCAUCGGGUGGUCAAGAUUUUCAUUCCAUUUGGUGCAAUGUGUUCAGAUGAUUUAGAGAGUUGUGCAUGCAUACAACGUUUUGUGCAUAGAUAAGUGAUGUAUGUCAUGAAUGUACAUUUUUUUUUUGAAAGGAUAAAUAGUUAUGUGUACAGGGUCUAUAUGAACAUAUUCUUAUGCAUUUUGUGCUGAUUUGAGUGCAAAAUGAUUGAUGUGCUAUAAUUUUUUUUUUGAAAUAAAUAGUGCAUUGAUUAUGGAUUUUGAGUUUAAAUCCUCAAUUUUUAUAGAUGUGAGGAAUAGUUCACAUUUAUUAUUUAUAUGAAAAAUUUUAUUUUUAAAUAUUGAUUGUUUUAGAUUGCUUUUGUUUUUACUUUAGAAGAAAAAAGUAUUUGCACAAUAAAAGCAACACUGAUACGUUGACUUACAAUUUCAUUUGAACACUUCAAAUAAUUAUAUGAUAAUUAAAUUUUUUGUGAUGAAAUAAAAUUAUUUUAAAGAAUUUUGAAAAGAUAAAAUAUUGUUGUUAGCUCUAGUAUUAGUAUAUUUUUUUGUGCAACAUUGCACAUUAGCAUGAAACAGCAUUUUUUCCUAAUUCUUUACACAAAAGCGUUUCAUUUUUUAUAUCUAUAUGUAGGCUUUUAUUUCAAAAGUUAAAUCAUAAAAAUAUUAUGCAUGCUCAGAUAAUUUUGUAUAAAAGUUGUUUUUAAAAUUAUUUGUAAAUGAAGACUUUUUUUUUUCCCCCAGAUUCAAUAGAAACAUUAUAGUAAAACGAUUUUCCAAUGUUUAAUGGCAUUUUUUUGUAUAGUCGCUAUAUACAACAUUCUUAAAAUUAUAUUUUAACCUUCACAUAUAAACUUGUAUGGAGGGUAAGCUAUGGUUAACAGUCAAACAUUGUGAACAUUUUUUAAAGAGUAAUGACCAAAUGUUUUAUGAGUUUUUCAGAAUGAUGAUUAUUAUUUGUUUUAAUGAACAAAAUAUGUAUCUUUAAAAUUCAGAGAUACCAAAAUAAUCUAUUAAGAUAUGAUGCCAAUUUUUAGACAUUAAAAGCAAAAUAAAUGCGUACAUCCAUGCUUCUGUCAUGCAAAAAUGAAGGAUUGAAAAAAUAUUAAAUAUAUGAUUAAAAACAUAUUAAUAUAACAAAUAAAUACUUUUCAAUUUGAAUGUUCAUAUAUAUAUAUAUAUGAUUUUUUUGCAUGCACAUUAAGAGAUUUUUGAAUAAUACCAGAAAAAAAAAAUGAAAUUUUCAUAUUGCAUGGAAUAAAAAAAAGAAAGUACCUCUGAAUUUUGCAUAUAUCGACACAAUUCAUUUUUAAGAAUUUUGUGUGAAUAUAGAUGCAUUUUGUACUAUAAUUUAUUUUAAAUGAUGGCAAUUUAUAUAACACUUCUAUGUAAAUAUAUGCGAGUGUUACUAUUACAUAUAUACAUAUAUAUAUUAUAAAUUUAUCCUCUGUGUUUGACUUAAUUUGACUGUCCAUGUGCACAUAUUUGCAUAAUUUAUGAAAAAUUAUAUAAACAUGUUUAUUCUAUGAAAAAAGAAUGCUAUGAUAAGUAGAAUUUAUCAGGGACACAAAAGCAAAGGUUGUGAAUUUGUGAUGUAAGCAAUGACAGCUUUCUGCUAAGCUAUAUUUUCAAUGUUUUUCAUUUAUAAAAAAAACUUGGCACCCUGAUAUUUUAUUAUUAGAUAAAGCUCUAUUGGAUAUAUAUAUUUAAUUGGUGUUACUGUAUGAAUGAUAACUUUAUAAAAAAUUUCUUUAAAAUUAUAAUCCACUUGUUAAUUAAAGAACAUUAUAUUAACAUUAUUUGAUGAAUUUAAUAUUGUUAUAGAUGUGUUGAUUUAUAAAUACUAUUUGUCAAGUGAGGUCCUGUUGUAUGAAUAUUUCUCCUAUAUCAUUAUCAAAAAAGAUAAUGUUCAUUAAUUUAAUUUAAAACUAUUUUAAAUUUAUCUAAUGUCAAUAGUGCUGAAGCAGAUAUGUAGUUACAAACCUUGUAAUGCUGUUUGCCAGUACAAGUUGCAAUUAUGUUGCCAAAACUGAUGUCUAAUGUUACUUUCACAGUCUAUGAGACGACAAAUGUUGUUCCCUAAAUGUGACUUUAUGUGCAAAUUUGUUUUCAAUUUUUCUGUUUUAAUGUCAAUUUUUGUAUCAUUCCAAGACAUUUUUUAAAGGCAACAAUAAAAAUGUUUAAAAACAA